GCACGUACCCCUUAGCCGCGACGAGAGCCGGUCGCGUGCAUACCGGCGAGAGGAACCUCGCAACUUACACACUCUCGCGCCUCGAGCCAAGACGACAAGGGCCGAGCAGCCGCGGUGGCAGUGAGAGCCUUGCGCGCGUACCGGCUCGCCGUGGGUGGUUUCCUUGCUCGCUGGCUGUGGUCCGCGCGCGCUCUCCAUCCCGUUACUAUUGCCGAUGCGUCGCGGCAUUCAUUAGCGAGAGCGCGCGUCAAGCUAGGGCGCCCGGGAGAUAUCGCACCAUUCGUUCAUCUGUGAUCGGCGAGUCCUACCGUCCCCCCCCCCCCACCCGGAUUAUACGUGAUCUUCGCAAGCUCUUCUUGCCCUUCGCCGGAUGAACUUCUCUCCGUCCUUCGAGUGGGCCCUGCGUGAGUCGAAUGUGUGAUCAGUGAGACCACGGUGCUACCGAGUGACCAUCUGAGGAAGGCCAAGCAGCGUCGUCGUGGUCAGUGGAUUAUACGGGCAUUUCCUCGCCGUCGCUGCUUCGUAGCUGAACCGUCCUUCGGCAACGGCGAUGCGCUGCCGGCUACUGCUCGCGGCUUUUGCGACGCUCUGGCUCGCUUCACUGCUCAACACCGAUGCGGUCAGCGCAGCCAACGUCUUCUCGUCGGUGGCGCAUAUGAACGACCUGAUGUCCCUGGAGCAAAGGCUUGUUUACAAGGUCAGCGACUUCCUACACCGCAUGGAAACCAAGCUGGGCUACCUGCGCAGCUUUCUGAACGACUACUACGAGACGACGGCGUCCAAAGACCGGCAGCUCACGCACUCUUCCGCCGACCACGAGUACGACACCCGCACGGCCAGCCCCAUCGAUGCGUACAACACCAUAAAGCGGCUGUCGGUCGACUGGAACGAGAUCGUGCACCAGUUCAGGGAGCCCGACUGGAUGGAGAUCGAGAGGCUGAUGGUGGAGUCGAACGACACGUUCCCGCGCCAGAGCGACCUGCUGGACGCCGGCGAAGCGCUCAUCCGCAUCCAGAAGACUUACCGGCUCAACCUCACCGACAUGGCCAAGGGAGUCAUCAUGGGACACAAGGCGACGGCGCAGCUCACCGCGCGAGACUGCCUGUACUUCGGCCAGCUGCUCUACAGCAAGUCUGACUUCGAGCACGCCACCAAGUGGUUCGAGGAGGCACUCACGAGGCUGAGCCUCGAGAAGCAGCCGUCUAUUACGCCGAAGACGGUGCACGCUUACCUCGCCAGCAGUCUCGAACAGCUGGAGGAACAGCAGCGGCUGCAAGAAGAACAGCGCUACAGCACGGAACCUUACGCUGAAGUCAGCCCGAAGACACCCAGCCUUGCAAUGCCCUAUGCCGAAGGAUACCUGGAGACGUACAACAACCUCUGCCGUGGAGACAAAAUCCGGAAUGCUACCGAAGAGAAGGACCUGCGCUGUUACCUGAGCGUUCCGCACCCAUACUUCCGAAUCGGCCCGGUCAAAAUGGAGGUCAUGAGCCUAGACCCCUACAUCGUCCAGUUCUACGACGUCAUCUGGCCCAAGGAGAUACGAGCAAUUCGCAGCAUUGGAGAUCCCAUACUGGCCCGUGCCACAGUUCGCGAGACGACCGAGAACACGGUGUCCCACGGCCGCAUCAGUCAGGUGGCGUGGGUGAGCCCAGACACCCACCCGCUGCUGGAAAGGGUCAACCAACGGGUGGCCAUGCUUACCGGACUGUCGACUGACUACGAGCGCGGAGACUCCGAGAUUAUACAGUACAACUCCUACGGACCCGGAGGCCACUACGAACCGCAUCACGACUACCUGCUAGAGGGACUCACGAAGGAGCAGCAAGAAGAAGUAGACGAAGAGGACAAAAAGUCCGGAGACCGCAUCGCCACCUUCAUGUUCUACCUUUCAGACGUGAGUUUGGGAGGUUCGACUGUGUUCCCCUACGCCAAGGCGGGUGUCUCUCCGCGAAUGGGCUCGGCUGCCUUCUGGUACAACAUGCGCGAGGAUGGCAGCUACGACGUGCGCACAUUGCACGGCGCAUGCUCCGUGCUACAUGGCACAAAGCACGUUGCCAACCUAUGGAUUCGAACCAAUGGCCAGAUGUUCAAGCGACCAUGCCCAGCGGCGAAACGGAAACGGACGCUAGAUUCUGUGAAGCUGUGAUAGUUGUUACCUGUGUUACUUUAUUUCUUGUUCCUGCUGCUUAUUUGUUCCUCCUCCUUGUACUUUUCUCCUCGCGAUUUUUUUCAUUGGGAACGACGGGUCGUCCCUGUUAGUGUCUAUUGUUUUUAUUUUUAAAUAAAGAGAAAAGAAAAUCAAA